AUGCCGCGGUUCAGUGCGAGAGUUGCGCAGAAGAGGGAGAUGGAAAACGGAAGCCAGGAGUCGGGGGAGGAUGAGUUGAUGGAACUCACUCAAGAGCAGCGAGAUGGUUACAGAACUCUUCUUCUUUCGAAGCUCCAAAAAACACGCGAACUAGAGGCAGAAAGAGCAAAAAUAAAGAGCGAUAUCAGAAAGGCGAAGAAGAAGACCAAAGCUGCAAAAACGAACCUCGUUGGCUACCGCGAACAGGUCUUCGAAAAUAAAAGCAAGAUGACCGCCAAUAAUUUGGAAGUGAAGAACAAAGCGGCCAGUCUCGACACUGAAUUCACAGGCUUGUUGUUGGCUCCAUUCGAAGUCAAAAGUAUCUGCAACAGCUUGGUCGAGAGGGAGUCUGACUUUACCAAGAUUCCCAUUUACAAGGAGCUUCAAAAGCAACGAGUGCUUGCAGAUGAAAUUGCGGCGAUUGAAGCAAGUCAAGAUGGUGAACGAAUGGAGGUUUCCUGUGAGCCCGAGGAACAGCAAAUCGAAUGA